GCCAGAUGUUUAGGAGAAUAAGGAGAACGAACAACCCAUAAGGAAUUGAAUAUUUCACGAGUAGGAGGCGAGCUGCACUCUUCGUGACCUGAAAACGUGACUUCAGCGGCAAUAGCUGUAGUAAAAUCAAUCUCUACUAUAAUGAAUAGAGUGAUUGAAGUUCAUGGAGGCCGGAGACUGAUCAUUCCUGUUGGAUUACCAGAGUUGAUGAACGACAUCGGCAAGGAGGUAAUAAAGCAUCAACCAGAGAAUAUAUUAGAGUUUAUUGCAAAAUAUUUAGAAAAAAGAGUUGAUCAGUUGAGAAGGCGAGAUCCUCUAAGAAAAGACUUGUCAAGUUAUUCAGAAAUUGAACGAUCACUUCCGAGAGAAACCAGGAUAGUCUUGGAUGAGUGUGGUAUUGAUCUUUAUACAGCUGAAAAAGCAGCUACAACAAUCCAGGCAACAUUCAGAGGAUACUCAACUAGACAACUCUUGAAAAAAGAAAGGAAUGAUUCUGCAGAAUGUGAAUCCGAUAACAAUGUCACAUCAACAGAUAACACCGAAUCGAUUUCAGAAAAUACGGAUGAAGGCAUAGAUUCAGUCAACAAAGUGAAUGUGGAAAAAUCAAGCUCUACCAUUAGAUCAUCAACUUACACCAUUCCAGAGGUAGACUACAAGGCGUCGAAACCAUCUAUUGACCUGGCGAGCAAUUACGAGCAAUUGAGCUUGGUGGACUACGAAGGCGAUGAUUACAGAGGGACUGCGACCAUCGAGCGGCCAUCGUUCACACAUUCCAUGAUCAGCACCAAUACCAUCACAAGAGACAUGCAACAGCAGUCCAACACCUAUCUGGAUCUAACACAGGUCGUCUAUCGCAAAUCCAUCGAUCCUUUCAAGGAGGUCGAGCCAGCUGUCAUCACCAGUGACGUGGAAAUAUUGAAGCAUAUCGAUAUGGAUAAUUAUGAAGAUGAUAAAACCUUCAACAGCAAUAAUGAUCAAAAGGGUUUGCAGGGGGGAUAUCCCCUAGAUGAGGUGUCGAGCUCUGUUAUCACAAGUGAAGCAUCCACACAAAAAAGCAGGGAAGUAUCGGAUGAUUUGGACAAGAGACUCUCUCUCGAAAGAAAGUCAAUAUCUCCUAAGACAAGCAGUGGAACCGCACCGGAAAGCCACGAUAAGGGAGAUGGUGUGAACAAAACACAGUCUUCUCAUGAGGUGUUGAAGUCUCCACGCUCUUCUCAUGAGGUGUUAAAGUCUCCACGAUCUUCUCAUGAGGAGUUGAAGCCUCCACGCUCUUCUCAUGAGGUGUUGAAGUCUCCACGCUCUUCUCAUGAGGAGUUGAAGCCUCCACGCUCUUCUCAUGAGGUGUUGAAGUCUCCACGCUCUUCUCAUGAGGAGUUGAAGCCUCCACGCUCUUCUCAUGAGGUGUUGAAGCCUCCACGCUCCAGUGGCGAGUUGAAAAUCAAAGGCGAAGCCGAUGAUGUGAUUGAAAAUUCGCGUGCAGGAGAUUACCAUUCUAAUGAAGAUCUAACCUUGAAUUUGGCAGAGACUGUCAACGAAGAAAACACAUGAUUUAAUAAUAUAUGGAAUAUGAGGUUGAUUAAUUUAUUAUUUCUCUUUGCGAUUUCUCUGCACAUAUUUUUCAUUUAUGUGGGCCUAAUUUGGGAAAAUUUAGAGAGAAAAAUAUAAGUGUUUUGCACUACA